UCGAGACAGUGUCGUAGACGGACGUUCUUGGCGAAACGCUGUUGCAAAUCUUGGCAUAGCGGUCACUUCUGCAAAGCCAGUUCUUGGUUCGUUUUUUUUUCUUCCUGAAGAUAAAGAACGUAGCGCGCGGUUGUUGAUCGAAGCUUAGCCUGUCAAGUGUCGUUAUUCGAUAAAUAGUGGCACAGCAUCACUGAGUGAAGAAAAAUUCAGUUAGUUUGGCAAAAGCAGGUGCAAUUGUGAAAUAUUGUGCUCCAACAUUCGGGAAUGACUACAAACCAAGGGAAGAAUUGUCGGAAACCUUUCACUAUUAUCAUUUAAUGUGUUUUAUUCCGACAUUUGAGAGGGAAACUUCAAGGUUUACUUCAAAAAAUGAGAAUUAUAGUCAAUUUGUGUACUGGACUUGUCAUACUGAAACUAGUGGCAGCAGCUCAUGCAAAUGAAAGUACUACGGAUUCUGUUGUCAUAGAAGCUAGCGGCAAUUUUAAGCCACGCCAACCUCGCCAUAUAUGGCUGACAACACGUAUGACAACAUGGGCACAGGCGCUUGGAGACGGAAGUCCAUGUCUUACGACGAAAGGACAGCUCGGAUCAUGUACGUCGUUUCGCAAAUGUUACCCCUACUUUAAGGUUCCAGAUCUGAGCGUAUGGGAAUCGUGGGUGCUGGGAAAUUACGACACCUGUAGCUAUUUCAACGAUGAAGGAAGACAGGCGUUCGGUGUUUGCUGUACGAAUCCAAUUACAUCGCUUCCUUCAACAGAAACUAGUACCGAGUCCAGUAUCUCGACGUCACCAGCCGUUGUCGGGUCUGGGAAUGAAGUAGACGAAGGAUUGAAGCAGAAACCACCGAAAAAUAACAACUACCCAAGUUGGCCUCCACCUAUUCCAACACAUCCACCAGACCACACAGCGGCAACUCACCCGCCAGCAUUCACCACAUCAACGGUUGCAUCGUUGGUGUCCGAUUCAACUAGCAAAAAACCUGUGAGUACAACGUGGCCCACAAAACCGAUGCGUCCGACAGGACCGAACCAACCUACCAACCCGCCAAUGGUUUGGCCUCCUCCAGUUCCAACUCAUCCUCCUACACCAUCGUUUGAACUGACGACGACCAGUUCGGUUGGCAGUCCAGGAGGAGGUGCAGGAGAGGGCGGUUCGUUCAACGUUGGAUGCGGCAUGAAAAAUGGAAACCCGGAUACGGAACGAAUAGUGGGCGGACAUAAUGCUGAUCCCAACGAGUGGCCUUGGAUUGCGGCACUGUUUAACAAUGGACGCCAAUUCUGUGGUGGUUCGCUGAUUGACAACAUUCACAUUCUCACAGCAGCCCAUUGCGUGGCUCAUAUGAGCUCUUGGGAUGUAGCCCGUCUGUCUGUCAAACUAGGAGACCAUAACAUCCGAUCAAAUACCGAGGUAACACACAUCGAGCGACGCGUAAAACGACUUGUGCGACAUCGUGGAUUUGAUUCACGAACAUUGUAUAACGAUGUUGCGGUAUUGACCAUGGAUCAACCCGUACAAUAUACGAAAUCUGUUCGACCCAUCUGUUUGCCAGGGGGCGGUAGCUCCCGAGCCUAUAAUGGUCUAACAGCUACAGUGAUUGGAUGGGGAAGUUUACGAGAAAAUGGGCCGCAGCCUGCAGUUUUACAAGAGGUUAACCUCCCAAUUUGGACUAACGGGGAAUGUAGCAGGAAAUAUGGUGCAGCAGCUCCGGGUGGUAUCAUAGAAUCAAUGCUAUGCGCCGGACAGGCGGCAAAGGACUCUUGCAGUGGAGACUCCGGCGGACCACUGAUGAUAAACGAUGGCAGAUGGACUCAGGUCGGUGUUGUUUCUUGGGGAAUUGGAUGUGGUAAGGGUCAGUACCCGGGUGUGUACACCCGAGUCACAUCAUUUAUGCCUUGGAUUACGAAGAAUUCUAAGGACAAUUGAAUGACUAGACGAAGCGUUCGAAGAAUUGAUCAACGGUUAAAAAUAUCAUUGAUUAUAGCUGAUAAUUUAUUAAAAUUUGAUCACGUGCUUGCAGAUUUACUGUUAUCUAACCAAGAACGCCUCACUUGCAUCUAUUUGUUGCUUAGUAUAUUUUGUAAAUGAUGCCAUUUUGAACGUAAACAGUAUUUUUUUGUGUAUAAAUGAUGGAUUAUGCAACACCACUGUUCUGAACAGUACUAACACUAGAAUCUCAAUAAAACAAUUUAAAACAGA